AUGACAUCCAAUGAGAAAUUUAAGAAAAUUGCAAAAGAAAUAAUGUCAUCAACAAUAAAGAAAAUAGUUAGAUUUCAAUGUAGUGAUAAACCAGCGAGUAGAUACAAUUGCAAAUUAGGAGGAACACCUUAUUUACCAAAAGGAUUUGAAUAUCCAAAAGAUUUAACUACUGGGAAACCAUUGUCUUUUAUUAUGCAAAUCAAUUUUGAAGAAUUUGAAGCAUUAGAAAAUUAUCCAACAAAAGGAAUUUUACAAUUUUAUGUUUUGGUAGAUGAUUCAUAUGACUAUGGAGUUAAUUCUGAAGAUAUAACAAAUCAAGAAAAGUUUAGAGUUGUUUAUUUUGAAACAAUUGAAAAAGAUGAAUCCAAAUUACAAGAAGCACCAAUUAUUGAACAUGAAGAAUGUGAUCCAAUACAAACACCUUGUUUAUUAAUUCCAGAACAUAGAGAAAUGGGAAUUCCAACUAACUGUUAUCAAUUUGAUAAUAUUGCUGAGAAAUAUGCAAUGAAAUAUGAAAUAGAUGAACCAGAAAAAAGUGAUUUGAAGAAUUAUCUUUAUGAAUCCCUACAUGUUGAAGACGACAUUCAUAUUGGUGGAUAUUCUAAAUUUGCACAAGAAGAUCCUCGAAUGUAUGAAUAUCAAGACCUUACUGAGACUCUUCUUCAAAUAGGAAGUAUUUGUGGAAAUGAUUUAGAAUAUAUAAUGUGGGGAGAUGCUGGUUUUGCUAAUUUCUUUAUUAGUUUGGAAGACCUUAAAACAUGCAACUUUACUCGAGUUGGCUAUAGUUGGGAUUGUUGCUAA